AUGGCGGCAGCUGCAAGCGGAGCCGUCCCUGGCCGCAGGGCAGAAGCCGGCACUGCACAUAGCCUUGGUCAUACCGGGCACAUUGGGGGCCCCUUCACACCCACUAAGGGGGCCCCCUUCAUUCAGCGGCGCCUCGAGGUCUUCGAGAGGCUGAUGGCUAAGCAACAAGAAGAAUUAAAAGCUCAUCCACGCUCCCCGAUCUCCGUCGAGCUGCCAGACGGCAGCAAAAAGGAAGGUCUUGCCUGGGAGACGACCCCGCUAGACAUCGCCUCCAGUAUUUCCAAAGGGCUAGCCAACGCCUCUAUCAUUGCCAAAGUGGCAUACGCACCGGAAGUCUCUGACACCUCUGCCCAUUUGGCAGCGGCCGAUGACGAAGCAGAUGAAGAGGCUGCAGAAGGAGCUGCCUGUUGCUGCGCACAGGAAGACUCCGCAGAGUCGUGGCAGCUGUGGGAUGUCACGAGGCCUCUGGAAGGCAGCUGCAAGCUGCAGCUUCUGAAGUUUGACUCCCCUGAAGCGCAGCACGUCUUCUGGCAUUCAAGUGCUCACAUUCUUGGUGAGGCGUUAGAGACGGAGUUUGGUGCCUUGCUGACAGUUGGACCUGCACUGCGUCCUGGAUUUUACUAUGACUGCUACAUGGGCACGCACAGCCUCAGCGAGUCUCAUCACGAUCCGCUCACGGCUGCGGCUCAGCGUAUUGUGGCGGAGAAUCAGCCGUUUCAGCGCCUCGUCUGCAGCAAGGAGGAAGCGCUCGAGCUCUUCCAGGAGAACCCCUUCAAGGUGUCGCUGAUCACGAGCAAAGUGCCGGAAGGGGGUCGCACAACAGUGUACAGGUGCGGGUCGCUUGUGGAUAUCUGUCGGGGGCCCCAUCUGCCUUCUACCGGGCUGUGCAAGGCCUUUGUGAUCAACAAGCACAGCGCAGCGUACUGGCUCGGCAACAGCGGCAACGACAGCCUGCAGCGCGUGUACGGGGUCUCUUUUCCCGACAAGAAGCAGUUGAAGGAGUACCUCGAGCUGCUGGAGGAGGCGAAGAAGCGCGAUCACCGCCUUCUGGGGCAGAACUUGUCCUUGUUCUUCUUCGACACAAACGUCUCUCCGGGCUCGUGCUUCUGGCUGCCGGAGGGCGCGAAGGUGUACAACAAGUUGGUUGAAUUCAUCAGGCAGGAGUACCGCAUCCGGGGUUUCAAGGAGGUCAUCACGCCGAAUAUUUUCUCGUGCGACUUGUGGAAGACCAGCGGGCACUACGAGAAUUACAAAGACAACAUGUUUCUGAUGACAAUUGAGGGAAAGGAGUGGGGCCUUAAGCCCAUGAACUGCCCAGGGCACUGCGUCAUGUUCAAACACCUGGCGCCGUCGUACAGACAGCUGCCCCUUCGGCUCGCAGACUUUGGCGUGCUCCACAGGAACGAGGUUUCCGGCUCCCUCUCGGGACUGACGCGCGUGCGGCGCUUCCAGCAGGACGACGCGCACAUCUUCUGCAGGAUGGAUCAGAUCGAGGCGGAAGUCGUUUCCGCCCUGGACUUCCUUUUCUACGUGUACGAGCGAUUCGGCUUCUCCUUCUCCCUCUUUCUCUCCACUCGCCCCAAGAAAGCCAUGGGCAGCGUCGAGGCUUGGAAGCAGGCGGAAGACGCGCUGCAGAAAGCGCUGGAGUCGCUCAACCGUCCCUGGCAGCUCAAUCCGGGAGACGGUGCCUUCUACGGCCCGAAGAUCGACAUCCAGCUCUGGGAUGCGCUCAAGAGGCCCCACCAAUGCGGCACCAUCCAGCUGGACUUCCAGCUUCCCAUCCGAUUCAACUUGCAGUACAAGACGCAGGAAGAAACCGCAGCAGCUGCGGCGAGCCACAAGAAGCAACACGCCGAAGCGGAAGCAGACCAGCAGCCGAACGGAAUGCAGCACACCCCACACGAGCAAUCGCCAGAGGGGGCGCUCAAGCCUGGCAUGGCGAGGCCUGUCAUCGUCCACAGAGCCAUCCUUGGCUCCAUUGAACGAAUGUGUGCGGUGCUCUUGGAGCACUCGGGAGGCAAGCUGCCCUUUUGGCUGUCUCCCCGGCAGUGCAUCGUUCUCCCUAUCUCGGAUAAAGUCAACGCCUAUGCGGAAAAGGUGCUUCAGGCGCUUCAGCUCCAAGGGUACGAGGCGGGCAUAGACAUGAGCAACAACACGAUUAACAAGAAGAUUCGCGAGGCGCAGCUGCAGCAGUGGAAUCUGCUGUUGGUGGUCGGAGAGGCGGAAGCCAAGGCAAAGACGAUUACAGUCAGAGACAGGGCAGAUGCGACACAGCAGGAGUGCCUCUCGAUGCCGCAGCUGCUAGAGAAGCUUGCUGCUCUAGCAAUGCCCAGAUCACAACCGCAGCUCAACCUGGACGAAUGGAAACAGGCGGACGCGUAA